AUGUUGUGUCGCGCUCUGGGGGCGGGACUGCGGGGCGGAGCGCAUGUCUUGGUGAAGAGCCCCGGUGUUGGCUGCAGUGUGAGCCGUGCUGUGCAGGAGAGCGUGUGCGGAGUGCCAGGGAGCAGGAGACGUCUAGCAGCCAUGCCUGAGGUAGACACAGAUCCCUGGAUGAGAAGCAGGUCCAGUUGCUGGCUGAGAUGUGUAUUCUAAAGAUGAGAAUGACAAGAAGAUUGGAGCCGAUACCAAAAAAAACUUGCCAUCUUAAUGUCAACAUUGACAAAGGUCUGCUGCACAGAGCGUUUAGCGUUUUCUUAUUUAAUACAGAAAAUAAACUACUGUUACAACAGAGGUCCGAUGCCAAAAUCACGUUUCCAGGUUGUUUUACAAACACGUGCUGUAGUCAUCCCCUCAGUACACCCCUGGAAACAGAAGAGCAGGAUGCUAUAGGGGUCCGCCGAGCAGCACAAAGACGAAUGAAGGCAGAGCUCGGGAUACCAAUAGAGCAGGUGACUCCUGACGAACUGAGAUACCUGACAAGAAUUCACUACAAAGCUCAAUCAGAUGGCAUCUGGGGAGAGCAUGAAAUAGAUUAUAUCCUGUUUGUACAGAAGGAUGUCACUGUAGAUCCAGAUUCCAAUGAGAUUCAAAGCCACUGCUAUGUAUCCAAGGAGGAACUGACACAAUUACUGGAAAAGGCUAAGCGAGGAGAAGUAAAGAUUACACCAUGGUUUCAGCUGAUUGCGGACACUUUUCUGUACAAGUGGUGGGAUAACUUGGAAAAUCUGAAAUCAUUUGAGGAUCAUGAUAAAAUCCAUCGGAUGUGA